AUGCCGUUCCCCGGCCGCGAACCCAACUUACGGGACUGGGCUUGUGCCGCAGCUGGGAGAAAACACACGAUGCAACACAGGGGCGGUGGAGGCGGGGUGGGAGACGUGUCAGCCAAGGGCUCGGCGUCCGAACAGCUGUGUGCUCCUCGAGAAGUCAAGUUUAUUGUGCCGGUGCGAGUGAACUACGGUGACUCUGUCAAGGUCGUCGGAAAUGAGAGCGCUCUGGGGGGCUGGGAUUACGACAGGGGGAUUCCCCUGCAAUGGAGCGAAGGAAAUAUUUGGACCAACAAGGUGGACCUGAAUCCUGGAGCAUACGAGUUCAAGUGUGUUGUUGGGGCCAGCGAUGGGGGAGUGCAGUGGGAGCCUGGCAACAACCGAAGCCUUAAUGUACACCCAGAGAUGAGCCAGGUGGAAGUGUGCUGUGAAUGGUGGGACACACAGAAAACAUGCAGCUCGCCAGGUGGUGAUGCAACUCUGGAGUACAUGCAAGACAAACUCCUGCCCAUGGAAAUGAUGAUUGUGGAGGAACCCAAGGAUAAAGAGUUCCUGGACCUGCCAAGCGCUGUCUCGCAGCCUCCUGAUGGCAAGAUGGUUGACCACCUCUUUCUGGGGGAAGACAAGCAGGAAGACGCAGAUGAUUGUACAAUAGAGCCAACAAUUAAUGGCACAGAGAAUGAUGCACGUCCACCUGAGCACCCCACCUCUGCUAAUCGCGAUGCGCUCUCACUUGCAGAUCGUGACAGCUCGUUGGCCUCUGGAGCAGGCAGCACUCCCGAUGUGCCUGCCAUCGUACGAGUUGAAAAUCAUGUAGUGGCAACACCAGCGGACUUUCCUGUCCUGAAGGAGGUGCUGGGACUGGUGGCAGCUGGCCACAUUGCCCCACAUUUCGCAAAGAGAAAGAAGGGUGGCGAAGAUGCAUACUUUGUGUCCACAGCUGGCCUGGGUGGAAUAGGCGUUGCUGAUGGAGUGGGGAGCUGGGCCAGCGAUGGUGUGGAUCCAGCACGCUAUCCACGUGUGCUGAUUGGAUACAUUGCCAAGGCAUUGAAUGAUUCUGAUGGCACAGUGUCUGCGCAGGGCGCUCUAGAGUAUGCCCAGCAGCAGGCCCAUGUGCUUGGUAGUUGCACUGCCUGUGUGGGCCUGCUCAGGGAAGCAGGCAUGAUGGAAAUUGCCAACCUGGGUGACUGUGGUUUCCGUAUCAUCCGGGAAGGCUGUGUGGUGCAUGCGAGCAAGGUCCAGCAGCACAACUCCAACCACCCAUUUCAGCUUUCGCACCCCACUCUUGCACCCGGCGACUCUGCCGCAGAUGCAGAGUUGUAUGAGGUCCCUGUUGAAGAUGGUGACAUUGUUGUCAUGGGCACUGAUGGUCUGUUUCACAACUUUUGGGACCACGACCUUGGGCCCUUUGUGGGUGGUCUGUGUGGUGGAUUGCAACGCACAGAGACGGGAGCACGGUCGAUUGCCACUUCCAUUGCUGAAGCAGCGCACCGAAAUGCAAUGGACCACCAAUUCUACUCACCGUGGUCAGCUGAGUCGCAGGCACAGGUAUGCCAAUUCAGCAAAGAUGUUGCUGUUCCAAUUGUGUUUUAG